AUGUCAGAGGAAUCACAACCACCGCAGCAGGUACAACUGCAACCUAGCGAUCCACUUGGAACCAAUGUUGAGGAUUUAUACUUGGAAAGUUACGCUUUCACUACAGCAGCUGCUAUUGUUGGGUCUGUCGACCGCAAGAUAUUUGUGUUGCUAAGAGACGGAAGGAACUUUUUUGGUAUUUUAAGAACAUUUGACCAAUUUGCAAACUUGGUUCUCCAAGACACCUUCGAGAGGAUUUAUGUUGAAGGGGAGCCUAAAAAAUUUGGUGAAAUUUACAGAGGGGUGUUCAUAGUGAGGGGAGAAAAUGUGGUUAUGAUGGGAGAACUCGACAUAGACAGGGAGGACGACCAUUUGGAAACUCUAGAACAAAUACCCUUUGAGCAAGCUGAACAAGAGCAAAGACUGAGCCACGAAAAGCUAAUAAAAGAGGAAAAAUCAAAGCAAAAGACAUUUUUCGAAAAAGGGUUGAUAUAUGAUUUCCAACAGACUAUUUUAUACUAA